AUGCUGGUGCACACUUACUCCGCCAUGGAGCGCCCCGACGGGCUGGGCGUAGCGGCUGGCGGUGCCCGUCUGUCGUCUCUGCCCCAGGCGGCCUACGGGCCCGCGCCGCCGCUCUGCCACACGCCGGCCGCCGCCGCCGCCGCCGCCGACUUCCAGCCGCCCUACUUCCCGCCGCCCUACCCGCAGCCGCCACUGCCCUACGGCCAGGCGCCCGACGCCGCUACCGCCUUUCCCCACCUGGCCGGGGACCCGUACGGCGGCCUGACGCACCUGGCACAGCCGCAGCCUCCGCAGGCCGCCUGGGCCGCGCCCCGCGCCGCCGCCCGCGCCCACGACGAGCCGCCCGGCCUGCUGGCGCCUCCCGCCCGCGCGCUGGGCCUCGACCCGCGCCGCGACUACGCCGCCGCGGUGCCCCGGCUCCUGCACUGCCUGGCCGACGGCGCGCACGGCCUGGCAGACGCGCCCCUCGGCCUCCCUGGGCUGGCGGCGCCGCCCGGCCUAGACGACCUGCAGACCAUGGAUGAGACCGGAAUGAGUCUUCUGGACCAGUCCGUGAUCAAGAAAGUCCCCAUCCCCUCCAAAGCCAGCAGCCUCUCGGCCCUCUCACUGGCCAAAGACAGCCUGGUUGGUGGCAUCACGAACCCCAGUGAGGUCUUCUGCUCCGUGCCAGGCCGGCUCUCCCUGCUCAGCUCGACGUCCAAGUACAAGGUGACGGUGGGGGAGGUCCAGCGGCGACUCUCGCCUCCCGAGUGCCUCAAUGCCUCCCUCCUGGGCGGUGUCCUUCGCAGGGCCAAGUCCAAGAACGGGGGCCGCUGCCUGCGAGAACGGCUAGAGAAGAUCGGGCUCAACUUGCCAGCUGGCCGUCGCAAGGCUGCCAACGUGACACUGCUGACUUCGCUGGUGGAGGGAGAGGCCGUGCACCUGGCCCGAGACUUCGGCUACGUCUGCGAGACUGAGUUCCCAGCCAAGGCAGCUGCUGAGUACCUGUGUCGUCAGCACGCUGACCCCGGGGAGCUGCCCAGCCGGAAGCGCAUGCUGCUGGCCGCCAAGCAGAUCUGCAAGGAGUUUGCCGACUUGAUGGCUCAGGACCGCUCACCGUUGGGCAAUAGCCGCCCAGCACUCAUCCUGGAGCCCGGAGUACAGAGCUGCCUGACACACUUCAGCCUCAUCACCCAUGGCUUUGGUGGGCCUGCUAUCUGUGCUGCCCUUACUGCCUUCCAGAACUACUUGCUGGAGUCACUCAAGGGCCUGGACAAGAUGUUUCUAAGUGGUGCGGGCAGUGGGCAUGGUGACACCAAGGCUUCGGAGAAGGAUGCCAAGCACCGGAAAUAA